AUGGCGAUGAUGUUGAUUCAUAAUAAUAAUAAUAAUAAUAACAAUAAAAAAAAGAAAAACUCUAAAGAUGAUAGUAAUGAUAAUAACAAUAACUCUAAAAAAGGACCAUUAGAGGAAGCUAUAGAAGAAAAGAUUAGAAUAAUAACUGAAAAGGAUUUUCAAGUUGAAUACAUUCAACGAGUGAGUGAUAGAUAUGAUCAAUUAGUGAAUACAAUGAUACCUGAUCUAAUAGAAUCAUUUACAAUCUUGGAGAAAAAUUGGAAUCUAGUCAACUUUAUCAAUAACCCAGAUGAACUUAUCAACAAAUUAGAUUUUGAUAAAGAUGGUGCAACAUCUUUUGAAAUUCAUCAUUAUAUUGAUCCAAAAGAUAUAAAAUCAAUUAAUCAAUUAUCAAAAUUUAUAGAAGGUAAAUUAUUUACCAUUUCAAUUUCAUUGAGUGAAUUAUAUACCAUGUUACAAGUGAUAUGUCCAUCGAUGGAUCAAACCGAUAGUCAUAGUAAAAUAUUGAUUGCUGCUUUGGUUUCCAAUCUAGUUGGAUAUGCCAAGGGUUAUGUCGAUGGAUUUAACGUUCUUGAACCUCUUGCUGUUAGAAAAUCACCAAUCUACAAGAUACAAAAACAUAAAGAGAUUAAAGAUUUGGAAUCAUUAGAGAAUGAGUUUAAAUAUAAAAGAAUAGCACUUUGUUGUUCAUAUACCAAAAGAAUUCUAGCAUCUCUUUAUUGUCUAUUAAAUUUCUUACAAAAAAAUCAAUCCAAUUUCGAUGAAAUAAAGAUACAAACCAACAAGGCAAGAUAG